GUUUAUUUAUAAUGUUAUUUAAUAAACAAGAGCUACGGACGUCUCCCUAGAGAUCUAGGGUAAGUUUUUUUGCUGCGCCGCUCUUCUUCCUCGUCUACGGGGGAGGGAUUAGGUGUCAGCGGGUGCUUUGAGGUUGAUUGUGAUCGGAUGUUGAGGGGAGGGUGUGGCCUCAAUCUUUCUUCAAACAGUUUUCUCGGUGAAGAUGGGAAGCAGGGGGUUGCUUUGGUUUGUUCAAACUGAUUGGUGGCCGAUCGAUUGGGCUCUGAACGAAGAAGGGACGAUGGAGAAAAUUGCUAACAGAUACCGGAAUAUGGCUAUUGGGGAUCACGAGGAAGAACUGAUUUUUGAGGAGGAUCCGCUUGAGGAGGAAGGAGACUCGGCCAAGAGAGAAGUGGUGCCAAGGAUACGGCCUCCUCCUGAGCCACCGCCAUGGGUUGUGCGAGAUGCAGGAGUUUGUGAAAGUUUCCUAACAAGUUUUCAUAUUUUUUUGUCGUUUGUUUUCUUGUUAUCGUCUGUGUUGUUAGGUUUGUCGUUUUGGUUGGGAUUUUAGCCUUGUUUUAGGUCAUUAAGCAUGUUUGGAUCUAUGGGAAUAUGGAUGGUUGUGUCAAGCCCGUUACAUGGUUAGCGAUUCGUGUUGCUCUUUCAACGGUGACCGUUUCUAAAGCUCAUCAUAGGGUUUACAGUCGUAGUUGCUGGAGUCUAGUUGGUGUCAGUUUUAUUUUUUCCUUGAUUGAUGUAAUGAUCCUGAAACUUUUGAUAUGAAUAAAGGCUAGUCUUUGUUCCAAAAAAAUGUUAUUUAA